AUGGUGUUGGGUGUCGAAGGCUUCAGUGGCCACCGCUUAAAUCAGCAGCUCAAACGUUGGGAGCUUCUGGUAGCGUGGAUGGGAUUGCAAGCAAUCGAGAACUCCUGGGAGCCGAUCAUCACGUUACUCCAAGAUGUGCCAGUCAGAGUUCGCGACUAUGUGAGUUCAAGUGGUGAUGCGGAUUUGCAAGCUCCGCUCGGCUAG